CAGUUGCGGUCCGAGCGGCCGAGCCGUCAGUCCCGCCCUCGGUUCUUUCGCGUUUUCGGUCAGUCUCCGUUCGACGUUCGAACGGUGAGGUGUGUAUAGCGCGUGUGCGCACCGGUUACUGUGGCGUACUGCGAGGUUAUAAUGGACGCGCCCGGCGGAGCGCGGGAGCCCCGCUUCGGGUCGCCUUACAGUAUGGGACUCCUGGGAGAUGUACCGGAUAUGUACGGAGCCGGCCGGCCGCCCAGCUCUCUGAGUGGAGGCGGCGGGCUGCGGCAGGGUAUGCAAAGCUGUCCUGUUCCAAGAGCUGGUGUUAAGCGGCCCUCCGACCAGUGUUACGACGAGAGACCAUCACAGAGUCUAGGACUCGAACACUGCCCUAUCCCCGACAUCGCAGACGACGGCUACGCCUCCCUGCAGCCUAAGAAGUCUCCACCUUCCAAUGGCAAGAAAACCAAGGGUCGUGUUAAAAUUAAAAUGGAAUAUAUAGAUAACAAACUCCGGCGAUACACCACAUUCUCAAAGCGGAAGACCGGCAUCAUGAAGAAGGCAUACGAGUUAUCAACUCUGACUGGUACCCAGGUAAUGCUGUUGGUCGCGUCUGAAACAGGCCACGUGUACACAUUCGCGACGCGGAAACUCCAACCAAUGAUCACAUCGGAUUCCGGCAAACGGUUAAUACAGACCUGCCUCAACUCUCCGGAUCCUCCUACCACCAGCGAGCAGCGCAUGGCAGCCACCGGCUUCGAAGAGACCGAGCUCACGUAUAACGUUGUAGACGACGAUAUGAAGGAUGUGGAAAAAAGUAGCGGCGGUAAAGAAAAUUAUAAGGAUGAACCAGCUUCAUCCGGGGAUAGCGGCGAUGAGAGCGGCAGUGAUCCUGAAUCUCCGGGAGAGAAGUUGAUGCAGAACCACAAGGAAUGGACUUCAGACCGCGAAAAAGAUGCUAACAAUAGACAAAAUUCACAAGAAAAUAUGCCUUCAACGUCAUCAUUGAACGUCGAAGAAUCUAAGCCAAGCCAACCAUCGUUACCCAAGAUUCUGCCGAAAAUAGAUCUUCCUGGGGGCGCCAUCCUGUACCACUCCGGAGUUCUGGGUGUAGGCUUGGAUGGUAUCGGUACCAAUCUUGGUCUAGGGAACUUGGCUAUGGGAUAUCCUCAUAACUUCAUAUUGGGUUUGGCUAAUCAAGGACAAGAAGGAGCUUCUUCAUCAUCAAGUCAGCCUCAAUUCAUCACCAUACCAUUGUCGAUGAUGGCCUCUGGUGCUACAAACGGUUGCCCCAGCGCCUCUAGCGAUGACAGCAGUGAGCUUCAGGAUUUGAGCACCGGCAGAAAGUGAUGGUAUGACAUAAGAUUGCUGUUCUAUAUUAAAAAAAUAAUUCAAAUAUUUGCCACCAGAAUGUUAUAUACUAACUUACUUGACUCCUUUUGUUGUUCUUCCAAUAAGUAUUUAGAUAGAAUAUUUUUAACAAAACUUUAUAAUGUUAGCCGAGAGAUAUAAAUUGCCUUUUGUUCACAGAUUUGCAAUUUCAUUAUGGUGGGUACGAUAACAGUUUUCUUUGCAUAUAAUUUUUAAAAUAUAUAUUUGUACCAAAGUCAAGUAUUGGAUGAUAUUCUUGUUCUGUUAUAUAUAAGUACUAUACUCGUGAGAAGCAAUUUUAGUGGCUGUAUUGUAACGUUUGUAACCUUGCCUUUCUAUGUUGUAAUAGUUUUGAAAACGAUGUAAAAAAAAUAUACGUAAUUUAUUGUUGUAAAUUAAUUAGAUAAUAUUUUUGUACCGAAUUAAAUUUGAAAUAUUUUGUACCGUUGUAAUGAAGGCGCGAAGGGAAGUUAAAUUAAUUUUAAAAUAAACAUACGAAUGGUCAGUCAAGGUUUUUGGUCUAAGGCAUUUAUUUGUUCUUAUAAUAAUAGCUGAUUUUUCAUUUUUGUUUAUUAUAAUCAAAGGCAUCGUCUGUUUAAGACGAGUAUAACAGAAUAUUCUAGCUGAAUUUUGUAUAACAACAACAAUAGGCAUAUUUAUAUUAAGGUCAAUAAUGUUCCUUUUCGUUUCCUAUAAAUUAAUAAAACAUUUUAAAGUGUU